GCUGCCCACACCCCACCCCCCGACACUGGCCAACAGAAGCCAGAGGGCUCUGGAGGCCCAGCCGGCCGGCUCACUCCAGCCCCAGAGGACCCACAGGCCAGCUGCCUCGCUACCCUCCAGUCCCCCAAGCCUGUGAGGGGCUCCUCAGGUUCCCCUGAGGAGUGUGGCGGGCCAGGAUGGAAGUGUCUGCUGAGGGCGCGCCGCAGGGCACGGGACCGGUGCUGGUGCGCCGGCGGUCCCCAGGAUCCCUGGGCCUGCGUGAGAUGCUCAAAGCCAGGCUGUGGCGCAGCUGCACGUGCAGCACGCAGAGGGCCUGGACGCUGGUGCAGGACCUGCUCCCCGCCACCCGCUGGCUGCGCCAGUACCGCCCGCGGGAAGCCCUGGUGGGUGAUGUUAUGUCUGGGCUGGUCAUUGGCAUCAUCCUUGUGCCCCAGGCCAUCGCCUACUCGCUGUUGGCAGGGCUACAGCCCAUCUACAGCCUGUACACGUCCUUCUUCGCAAACCUCAUCUACUUCCUCAUGGGCACCUCGCACCACGUCUCCGUGGGCAUCUUCAGCUUGCUCUGCCUCAUGGUGGGCCAGGUCGUGGACCGCGAGCUCCUGCUGGCUGGCUUUGGGCCUGCCCAGGAGGGGCCCGGGCCUGGGGACAACAGCAGCACCAUCAACGCCUCGGCUGCUGUGGCGGGGCUCAGGCCGCAGGACUGUGACCAGGACUGCUACGCCAUCCGCGUCGCCACUGCCCUUACGCUGGUGGCCGGCAUCUACCAGGUGCUCCUGGGCAUGCUCCGGCUAGGCUUUGUGUCUGCCUACCUGUCUCAGCCGCUGCUUGAUGGCUUUGCCAUGGGGGCCUCGGUGACAAUCCUGACCUCCCAGCUGAAACACUUGCUAGGUGUGAGGAUCCCACGGCACCAAGGGCCGGGCAUGGUGGUCAGCACGUGGCUGAGCCUGGUACGCGGCGCUGGGCAGGCCAACCUGUGUGACGUGGUCACCAGUGCCACAUGUCUGGCCGUGCUGCUGGCCGGCAAGGAGCUCUCUGAGCGCUGCCAGCGCCGCCUGAAGGUGCCCCUGCCCACGGAGCUAGUGGUCAUCGUGGCGGCCACGAUGGUGUCCCAUUUUGGGCAGCUCCAUGAACGCUUUGGCUCCAGCGUGGCUGGCGACAUCCCCACAGGCUUCGUGGCCCCCCGGGUGCCAGACCUGGGGCUGAUGUGGCGCGUGGUGCUGGACGCAGUGCCACUGGCCCUUGUGGGCUCCGCCUUCUCCAUCUCUCUGGCGGAGAUGUUUGCCCGGAGCCAUGGCUACUCUGUGAGGGCCAACCAGGAGCUGCUGGCCGUGGGCUGCUGCAACGUGCUGCCAGCCUUCUUCCACUGCUACGUCACCAGCGCCGCGCUGUCCAAGACCCUGGUGAAGACGGCCACUGGCUGCCGCACGCAGCUGUCCAGCGUGGUCAGUGCCGCCGUGGUGCUGCUGGUGCUGCUGGCGCUGGCGCCGCUCUUCCGGGACCUGCAGCGGUGCGUGCUGGCCUGUGUCAUCGUUGUCAGCCUGCGUGGUGCCUUGCGCAAGGUCAGGGACGUCCCGCAGCUGUGGCGGCUCAGCCCAGCCGACGCACUGGUCUGGGUGGCCACCGCGGCCACCUGUGUGCUGGUCACCGUCGAGGUGGGGCUGCUGGCGGGCAUCCUCCUGUCCCUGCUCAGCCUGGCUGGCCGUACCCAGCGCCCGCGCGCCGCCCUGCUCGCUCAGAUUGGGGACUCUGGCUUCUACGAGGACACGGCGGAGUUCGAGGGCCUGGUCCCCGAGCCUGGGGUGCGGAUAUUCCGCUUUGCAGGGCCGCUCUACUACGCUAACAAGGACUUCUUUCUGCGGUCCCUCUCCAGCCUCACGGGGCUGGACGCAGGGCGUGCGGCCACCAGGAAGAAGGAGCAGGGCCUGGAGGCCAGGGUCAGUGAGGGAGACCCUGUCGAGGGCAUGGACCUGGGCCCAGGGACUAGCACGGCGGCCCUGGUGCCCACGGCAGCCGGCUUCCACGCCGUGGUCAUCGACUGUGCACCCCUGCUCUUCCUGGAUGCAGCCGGUGUGGCCACGCUACGGGAUCUACGCCGAGACUAUGCAGCCCUGGGAGUCACGCUGCUCCUGGCCUGCUGCAGCCCCUUGGUGCGGGACACCCUGAGGAGAGGCGGCUUCCUUGGGGAGGACCAGGGUGACCUGACUGAGGAUGGGCAGCUCUUCCACAGCGUGCACAGUGCCGUGCAGAGGGCCCGAGCCCGCCACAGGGUGCCAGCAGCCACGGACUCCGCCCUCUAGCAGAGCCUCCGUUCUGCCCCAGGAGCCCUCAGCAGAUCAUGCGCACACCAUUGGUCACCGACAUCAGUUGCCACAACUCCUCCAAGACCGAUGCUGUGCCCCUCUGCCCUGGAGGGAACACACAGAGGCCCCUGACACUUAAACAUCCAAGAGCGACUCCCUUGAAACAAACCACCCCAGUGCCACCCCGGGCCACAGGCUGAGCAUCCGUGGUCCUGCAGGGUGGAUUUGACUCUGGGUGUCAUGGUCUUAUUUGAACAAGGUCCCCGAGGCAAUCAUGACGCCUCCAAGGUGCCAACAGGAUACUGGUCCCUUGCCCCGCCCAGUGCCAGUCCCACUGGGUGAGAGGUGGCAGCUCUGGCCAGGGGCAAGACGGUCUCUAUAUCUCUCGAAGUCUUCCAAACACACACCCAAGUGUUCCUUACGUCCCACGUCUUGGCUGGGUGGAGCCUUGCAGGGCCAAAGGGGAGGGGGUGUGACCAACACAACUUCAGCCCAGCCCCUGGGCAUUCUUCCUGCAAAGCCUGACCAGCAAGCACACCGCACGAGGUCUGUGGGUGCAUGGGUGCUGGGCCAGCCACAAAGCUGGUGUAGUGGGACACCCACCUGCCCCCAAGCCUCUAAGUGAUGUCCGGCAGGCUGCCAGCUGUGCCCAACCCAGGGGCCGCCCAGCACCCACCACAGCCCCCAGACUGCACGGCCCGCACACCCGGACAGAGUCUUCCUCUUGGCCUCGGUCUUCACCUCCAUAAAGGGGGCUCUGCCAGCCGCCCCCAUCACUC